AUGACAACACCGCCAGCAGCGACCAGCGGCGGCGGCAGCGGCAGCAGCGGGGUUGGGCCUCUCGAGACGUUCCAGUUUGAGCUCACCGUCGAGCCCCGCAACCUGCGCGACGUCGUCCGCACCGUGCUCCACUCGAUCUGCUUCCACCGCGUGUUUGGCACCGUCAGGCCAAAGACGAUCGACCUCUUCGGCAUGACCUUCCCCGCAGUACACGAGGCCGAGAUCGAGAGGAUGGUCGAGGACCAGACGGCCGCCUUUUGCCGCCAGGUCGAGGCCAAGGCGUGCAAGCGCGUCGACCUCUUCGUCUACCUCCUGCACCCGGCGACCGCAGGACAGAGGCAGCCCACAUCGACAGCCGGCCAGUCGACCGCGGCAGACCCAGCAGAUCAACAGCGCCAGGAAGCCCAUGCAUCAUCGUCGUCGUCCCCGGUCUCGGCCGCUUCCAAGUCGCUCAAGUCGUGGGCUACAUCAAAGACCAUGUCCGGAUAUCCCUACACUUGGCUCGCCCACGCUUUCUCGGGCGGGUCCGGUCAAGCUGCAGAGGCGGGGGCAGAGACGGCACGCGCCGACGGCGAUGGGUACGCUACGGCCAAGCACCAGCACCAGCAGCAGGACGCGGCGGAAAGGGAGAAGAUGCGGCUCGAGAGGCAGUCGUUCGAGACAUGGAGGAUCCGCUUCGAGGUCGUCUCGGCGAGAAGCGAAAGGGAACGGCUGCGUCUCCAGUCAACGACGGCGGGACAGAUGGCCGAGUUCCUAGACUCGCUGCUCGUCUUUGUCGACGAGAAAAAGGCACAUAUCCCCGCCAUCAUCAGCGCCGACCUCUGCCCCUUUCCCAUCGAGAUCCAGAGCGUGGCGAUCGCCUAG